UGUUUAUGUGAGAUAAUUGCAUUCCCUCAUUUUCCUGGAUAACUACAUAAAUAUUUCCUGCCUUAUCUUACACAGUCAUGUACAAAAAAAAACUGGACAGGACGGGUUUCAACGAAAUUCGACAUUUUAACGUUCAUAUAGUCGUUAGCAAAACAUAGGCUAUAAAAACAUUACUCCGUGGAACGUAUACAGUUUAUCAUUAUCUAUACAGUUAAUGAACCGUGAUGAAAAGUGAAUAUCUUCGGAGCAGAUGACAGGGUUCCUUCACUUCCUGAUGGCGGACAGGGAUCACAUUUGGUGAGUUUUGCCGAAAUCUUUAGCUUUUGUUCCUAAAUGCAGUCGCAGGAGUUAGAGUUUUCUCUACGCCUGAGUGGAAGACACGUAACGGGAAGUUUUGAGUCCAGUUUCAGGGUUUUACGGGAAGAGGAUGCAGAUGUUCUGAGGAUCCGCAGCGGUUCCUUGAGUCCAGAACCGGAGAACAAAGAGAGAUGGCACAAGAUGUCUUAUGAGACUGAAAAAACUUGCCUGCUGGCUCCACAGGAAUCACAAACACCAUGUGGUUGCCACAAAUAUGAAAUCCCAGGAAUGGGAGAGGACAGUGUUUUAGAAAUGCUGAGCUACUCCAAAUUCUCUGAUUUGGAGACAUGGCUGUGUAUGCCCUCUACUAUGGUACCCAGGAGCCGGGAUUCAGUUUGCUCCUUGCCGCCACCGUCCCAUGAGAAUGGCACUGGAGACACAGACAAAGAGUCCAGGCCCCUGGAGAACGAGUCUAUCCAUCUGAGCCAGUGCCAGGAGAGGGAAACCCAUCUAUUGCCAGUUUCAGCCUCCCCUCAGUCCUCAUCGCCCCUGUGGACCACCUCAACUCCUCUGCCCAAGCCCACCAGAGACUCCUGUCAAGGUGGCAUGAGUGUGAAGAAACGCCGGCGCCUGGCAGCCAGCCCCGGAGGACUGCACUGGGAUGCAUCAGGGUCAGUGCUGCGUGACCAUGAACGAGGGGAGACGUCGUCACUGUUGGAAGUGAAGCGCUUCCCUCGGUGUGUGGAUUCACAGAGUCAUGUCCCAGAGCCUUGGAGUGAAAGAGUGCCUCUUAGGAAGACCAUAUCCGUCGAUGACCGCCUUCUCCAGCAAACGCCUAGAGAACAUCACAGACUCCUCAGCCGAAUAGAGAGAGGCAAGAAGAAACUCAGGAACAUUGAUAGUCUUGGAGCCACCGGCAGAUACGAAACCCAUAAAAAAUCUGAGAGUAGGAUCUCCCGACUGGCUCAGAGACUCAACCAGAGGCAGAGCGAUGCUGCGCUGAUUACGGAUUUCAGACCCCUCUUCCUUCUCUCUGGCUCUCCGGGAAGCUCUCAGAGCUUGGACAGGAACUUCUCCAUUAGUAUGACCCAACAGAUGCAGAACCUGCAGCUGACGCAGAGUAAGAAGGGGGCGGGACCCGCCUCCCCCAGCGCUGCCAAGCGCCUCUACCGAAACCUCUCUGAGAAGCUCAAGGGGAGCCACUCCUCCUUUGAGGAUGCCUACUUUUUUGGCCGAUCCGAACGUAUCCGCAAAGUAUCUAACAUUCAGAGCAAUGAGGCUCUGUUCGAGGCUGUUGAACAGCAGGACCUGGAUGCCGUGCAGAUCCUGCUGUUCCAGUACACAGCUGAUGAACUGGACCUCAACACUCCCAACAGUGAAGGCCUGACGCCUCUGGACAUCUCCAUCAUGACCAACAACGUCCCCAUAGCCAAACUGCUGCUCAAAGCAGGAGGGAAGGAGAGCCCUCACUUUGUCAGUUUAGAGAGCAGAGAUGUCCAUCUCUCAGCGCUGGUGCAGGAAGCUCAAAGGAGAGCCAGUGAGCUGUCCACCCAGGUGAUGAGAGAGAGUCUCAGCCUGGAAACAUCUGACAAGGAAAAACAGCUCAAAGCUUGGGAGUGGAGAUGCAAACUCUACAAGCGAAUGCGUACGGGAUUCGAGCAUGCACGACCCCCGGAGGCUCCGUUGAUGGUACGUCUAAGUGUGACUGGCAGCACGUCUCUCACUGUUAGCUUUCACGAACCUGCCAGCAUGAACUCAGCCGUAGUGACCAAAUACAAAGUGGAAUGGAGCUGUUUAAAGGACUUCUCUUUAUUAGCUGGAGAGAUGAUCCUUGAGAAUCUGCAGUCCCUGAAAUGCACAAUAUCAGGUCUUACCACGGGUAGACAAUACUACGUUCAAAUCUCUGCCUACAAUAUGAAAGGCUGGGGUCCGGCACAACUCUCUCAGCCUCCCUCUGCUGUUCCCUCCAACUGGAAGGACUGCGAUGGGAGAGAGAGCAGGAGGAGAGGUCACAUUGAGGCUAUGGAGAGGCUUUUACAGCAGGUUCGAGCCACACACCAGCACUUCUGCUGUGGAGACACAUCAAAGUUGCAGAAUCCAAGUCGUAAACAGUCAGUGUCCCGGAGCCUGAAACACCUUUUUCAUUCCUCUACUAAAUUUGUCAAGAGUCUCAAAAGGGGAGUUUAUAUAGCAUCAGUAUUUUACCAUAAAGACAGUCUGCUAGUGACUAAUGAGGAUCAGAUCCCCAUAGUGGAGGUGGACGACUCAUACAGCAGCUCCCUCAUGCAGGACUUUCUGUGGUUCACCAAGCUGUCCUGUAUGUGGGAAGACGUCCGGUGGCUGAGACAGAGCCUGGCAGUCUCCACCUCUUCCUCUUCCACUCUGCAGUCCAGACAGAAGAUGCUGGCGGCCGCGGGCCAACUGCAGAAUCUUCUGGGCACUCACAAUUUGGGCCGAGUCCACUAUGAGCCCAUUAAGGAUCGUCAUGGAAAUGUGCUGCUUGUGACAGUGAGGGAGAUGGAUAGCCUUUAUUCCUUUUUCAGCGGGAAAUGGAUGCAGAUAUCCAAACUGCAGAGUCAGAGGAAGUCUCUGUCCACUCCUGAGGAACCAUAUGCCCUGGACAUCCUUGUCAUAACCAUACAGGACAUUCUGGCCUAUCAGAGACGAAGUCAGCACCGGCUGUCCUCAGGGCUUUAUCUGGGUUACCUGAAGCUCAGCAGCUCUGUGGACCAGAUCAAAGUUCUGGUUCCUCAACGUAUGCCCAACAUGCUCUGCCACAACAAGAUACGAGACAACUGGAAUGUGUCAAGGGAUGAGUGGGAAUGGCUGCAGUCACUGUCUGGCCCUGUGGAGGUGGAAACAGAAGAUCAGGCUACAGACUGCCUCCUCUUCUCUGAGCUCCAGACGGCCAUUAAGGGUCUGCUGCACCAGAUCAAUCUACCUCUCCACCAGGUACUGCACUUCCGUCUCUACGUACACGAGGUGCUGGGGUUGUGUAACAAUGUGUCCUUUCUUCUGCUGCUGCUGCCCGCCUCAGACGACGUUUGCUCUGCCCCGGGACAGACCAACCCCUACACACCACACUCGGGGUUCCUCAACCUCCCUCUUCAAAUGUUUGAGCUCGUUCACUUCUGCUCAUAUAAGGAGAAAUUUAUCAGUCUUUACUGCCGACUGUCCUCAGUGCUGGACCUGGAUGCUCUAAUUACCCAGCAGGCUUUUAGAGAGGCCAUCACUGACUCAGAGGUGUCCACAGCCAAACAGAGACACCAGCACAUAUUGGACUACAUUCAGCAAUUGGACGAGAUGUGGCGAGACGUCCGCUGGAUCACCAAUGCCCUGCAGUACGCCCGCUAUAAACAGCCUCUCGGUUGGGUGCCUAUCACCUGGCUAGUAGAUGUCAGCAUGGAGCCUCCUGUGCAGAAGAAUGACUCCACGUCCUCUAACACAGACUACGUGCCCACUCCCUCGCCCUCUCCACAAAUGAGGAGACGAAAGCCCACAAUCGAGUCCCAACCAGGUUCAGAUGAAGAGGGCUGUUCGGAGGUCUUUCUCCCCACGGACAGUGACUACGACUCCAGUGACGCUCUGAGCCCUCGUGACCUGGACUUAGUUUACUCCUCAGCCCAGGAUCUCUCACAUCAGGCCGUGCACGUCCUCAGCGGUAGCGCUCCUGAUGUUCUUCAGAUGCAUGAUCUCAAAUACAGCGCUUGCUCCAAGUCCAUCCUGGAAACCGAAUCGUGCACCAAGGAUAUGGAGGACCUAUCGCUGUCUUCUUACUCUGUGAAGACCACAGACAAGCCAUCCCGCUGCAAGUUCCUGGCCGAUCCACCAACGAAACUUAAGCUGCUGUCCAAAAGCCAUCCCCAGAGGAGUUAUUUUGGCGGGCCGCACCGCUGGCUGCGUGUACAGAGCGAGAGUCACACUCCCUCUCUAUCUGAAGGCAUCUACACCAAACAGAGCGAUAUCGACCUGCCGCUGGAGAUGCCACUCUCCCUACCGCACUCGCCCACUACCUCCUACAGUUUGGAUGAGUACAGACCGCCCUACAGGGAGUCUAAGCCCAACGUUCGCAGGAUCUUUGUGGAGUCGUGCAGCAAGACGUCGCCCUGCAGAGAUGCCCCGCAUUGGGAGGAGGAGGAGACGGGAUCAAGAGGAGCUACAGACAGAGAUGCUGGAUCGGGAUAUGGCACUACAGCAGAAGCUCAGGACGUGGAUUCAGACGAGCAAACGAAUGAACAAGUGUCAGAGAUCCUCAGCAGCACUCUUUAGGAUGAAAUAAGCGUUUCAUCAUAGACAUGUGGUUUUAUCACCACUUAUAUUUCCUCUAAGCUCCAGAACUCCUUUUUCCUCUCCAAGCGCACACUUUACAACAGCUCACAGUUGUAAUGAGUAAACACUUAGCCUAAUCAAUUCUUGCAUCCUCACUUCAGAGGAUGAAGUUGCUGGUCAACUCUGCGGGACUCAUAAAUCAUGGCUCUGACUGUUACAAUGUUAAAUAUCAAUGCAACGUGAAACAAAGCACUGCUUUUCCUCAGAACUUGAAAUUGCCUCUGCCAAUAGAACCCAACAGUGAGCGCCCACUUUUUCAUCUGCCUUUGUUCUGAAUGUAUUUUUCCCAUUUAUUGUCACCAUAGGGGUUUCAAAAACGUCUUCAGGCUGAAAGACUUUGAAGUCAUGAACAAAACCCAAACCAGCCCUGUAUUAUAUUUUGGAUUAGAAGCUACAAGCAUAUUUAAACUCAUAUAUCUAUCUAUCUGUCUAUCUGUCUAUCUAUCUAUCUAUCUAUCUAUCUAUCUAUC